AUAUGGAUUGGUGAGCGAUUUGUGUGGUUAUUUUUUGAUAACAUUUAGAGAGAAACAUAAAAACCUAUAUUGUACACCACCGUGAAUUUAACUACAUCUUGCGUUUCCAUGUUAGAUUAACAAUGGAUAAAAUACCCAGGACUCAUGAAGCCAUAGAGGCCCAGAUACGGGAAAUACAGGCCAAGAAAAAUGAACUGCCUGAAAAUGGUUCAGGAAAAGGGGUUGCACUUGGUGAUUCAUACUAUGAUAGUGACAUUUAUGAUAAUGCUGGACACACUGGAAAAUCAAGAUACGAUGGUUAUGUGACAUCUAUUGCUGCCAAUGAUGAAGUUGAAGAUGAGGAUGUGGAGAAUGUCCCAAUAUCACAAAAGAGACCAGGCUAUACUGCUCCAGCAUCAUUACUUAAUGAUAUUGCACAGAGUGACAAGGACUAUGAUCCAUUUGCAGACAAAAGAAGACCUACAAUUGCUGAUAGAGAAGAUGAAUAUCGUCAGAAGAGGCGCAGGAUGAUUAUAUCCCCUGAACGGUCUGAUCCAUUUGCAGAAGGUGGGAAAACACCAGAUGUUGGCUCUAGAACCUAUACAGAAAUUAUGAAAGAGCAAUACCUCAGAGCAGAAGAAACUGAAUUGAGAAAAAAACUAUUAGAGAGAGCCAGGGAGGGUACCUUAAAACCAGUGGCACAACCAAAUGGAGAAUCUAUGAAACCAGCUUCCAAGCGCAAAGGUCGUUGGGAUCAGAGUUCAGAAGAUACACCUUCUGUGAAGAAGGCAGUGAUUUUAUCAACUACACCCAGCUCACAGGCGACACCUUCAUGGGAAAAUGAGCGCGGAGCAUGGGAAGAGACGCCGGGGCACAGCGGGCGCGGUGGAGAAACGCCCGGCGCGACGCCAUCAGCGCGCGUGUGGGACGCCACGCCCGCCCACCUCACUCCCGGCCACUCCACGCCCGGACGCGAGACGCCCGCGACCCACGCGUCGCGCCGCAACCGAUGGGACGAGACACCAAAAACUGAUAGAGAAACUCCCGGACAUGCGAGCGGUUGGGCUGAGACGCCGCGCACUGACAGAGGCGCGGGCGUCGACACAAUUCAAGAGACGCCAACGCCAGGCACUAAGCGACGAUCUCGAUGGGACGAAACACCGGGCGCUACGCCUGUCGCCGCCACGCCCACACCCUCGCACGCCACGCCCUCACACGCGACGCCUACGCACGCGACGCCCUCGCACGCAACGCCUACGCCGCAUACGCCAGUCUUUACUCCUGGUGGUUCAACACCGGUGGGCGUGAAGGCUAUGGCUAUGGCCACGCCCACCCCGGGGCACAUCGCGGCCAUGACACCGGAACAGUUGCAAGCUUACCGCUGGGAAAAAGAAAUUGAUGAACGCAACAGACCCUACACAGAUGAAGAACUGGAUGCCAUGUUCCCACCCGGGUACAAGGUUUUGCCUCCACCAGCCGGUUAUGUUCCGAUUCGGACCCCGGCUCGUAAGCUGACCGCGACACCAACGCCUUUGGCUGGUACCCCAAUCGGCUUUUUCAUGCAGACGGAGGAAGUGGGGGGCAGCGCGGCGGCGGCAGCGCGCCUGUUGGAGCCGCAACCCAAAGGCGCACAGCAGCUGCCCUUUAUGAAACCCGAGGACGCGCAAUACUUCGACAAACUGCUUGUGGAUGUUGACGAGGACACACUCUCCCCCGACGAGUUGAAGGAGCGAAAAAUCAUGAAACUGUUGUUGAAAAUUAAAAAUGGUACUCCACCAAUGUGUAAAGCUGCACUUAGACAGAUCACAGACAAGGCUCGGGACUUUGGAGCUGGUCCGCUUUUCAACCAAAUUUUGCCUUUAUUGAUGAGCCCCACACUCGAGGACCAGGAGCGACAUUUGCUCGUCAAAGUCAUAGACCGAAUCUUGUACAAAUUAGACGAUUUGGUUCGCCCUUACGUGCACAAAAUUCUAGUUGUAAUAGAGCCUUUACUUAUUGAUGAAGAUUAUUAUGCCCGCGUUGAGGGUAGGGAGAUCAUAUCGAAUCUGGCAAAAGCCGCCGGACUUGCCACUAUGAUCUCUACUAUGAGGCCUGAUAUUGACAAUAUUGAUGAAUACGUUCGUAACACUACUGCCAGAGCGUUUGCUGUCGUCGCAUCCGCUUUAGGUAUCCCAUCACUGCUGCCAUUCUUGAAGGCUGUGUGCAGGUCGAAAAAGUCAUGGCAAGCUCGUCACACUGGAAUCAAAAUUGUGCAACAGAUCGCUAUAUUGAUGGGAUGUGCUAUAUUACCACAUCUGAAGUCACUUGUCGAAAUUAUUGAACAUGGUUUAGUUGAUGAGCAGCAGAAAGUGCGUACAAUUACCGCCCUGGCAAGUGCUGCCCUUGCCGAGGCCGCAACGCCCUAUGGUAUCGAAUCCUUCGAUUCUGUGCUUAAGCCGCUGUGGAAAGGUAUUCGUACUCAUCGUGGUAAAGGAUUAGCUGCCUUCCUCAAAGCUAUCGGAUACCUCAUUCCCCUUAUGGACGCCGAAUACGCGAACUAUUACACACGUGAAGUGAUGCUUAUUCUGAUUCGUGAGUUUCAGUCUCCCGAUGAAGAAAUGAAAAAGAUAGUGUUAAAAGUCGUAAAACAAUGUUGUGGUACUGAUGGUGUGGAGCCUCAAUAUAUAAUGGAUGAAAUUCUUCCGCACUUCUUCAAACAUUUUUGGAACCACAGAAUGGCCCUUGAUCGUCGUAAUUAUCGACAACUUGUCGAUACCACCGUCGAAAUAGCCAACAAGGUUGGUGCAUCAGAAAUCAUUAACAGGAUUGUAGAUGAUCUAAAAGACGACAAUGAGCAGUACAGAAAAAUGGUAAUGGAAUCCAUUGAAAAGAUUCUUGCAAAUCUGGGCGCAGCAGAUAUUGAUUCCAAACUCGAAGAGGCUUUAAUUGAUGGUAUCCUCUAUGCAUUCCAAGAACAGACCACUGAGGAUGUUGUAAUGCUUAACGGAUUUGGUACAAUAGUAAAUCAGCUAGGCAAGCGAGUGAAACCGUAUUUGCCACAAAUCUGUGGUAUCAUUCUGUGGCGCAUGAACAACAAAUCUGCGAAGGUUCGUCAACAGGCUGCUGAUCUCAUAUCGCGGAUUGCUGUUGUCAUGAAAACUUGCCAAGAGGAAAAACUCAUGGGUCAUCUUGGCGUAGUACUUUAUGAAUACUUAGGUGAAGAGUAUCCAGAAGUGCUUGGAUCUAUUUUAGGAGCUCUGAAGGCUAUCGUCAACGUUAUAGGUAUGACUAAGAUGACACCGCCUAUCAAGGACCUCCUACCCAGAUUGACGCCAAUUUUGAAAAACAGACAUGAAAAAGUGCAAGAAAAUUGCAUUGAUCUAGUUGGACGUAUUGCAGACAGAGGACCAGAGUUUGUCUCAGCCAGGGAAUGGAUGAGAAUAUGCUUUGAACUACUGGAAUUGCUGAAAGCGCACAAAAAAGCUAUCAGAAGAGCCACCGUCAACACAUUCGGUUAUAUUGCCAAGGCGAUUGGUCCGCAUGAUGUGCUGGCUACUUUACUCAACAAUUUAAAAGUACAAGAGCGACAAAACAGGGUGUGUACAACUGUCGCCAUUGCUAUAGUCGCGGAAACAUGUUCUCCGUUUACAGUGCUGCCAGCUCUCAUGAACGAGUACAGAGUGCCAGAGUUGAAUGUGCAAAAUGGAGUUCUCAAGUCCUUGUCUUUCUUAUUUGAAUAUAUUGGGGAAAUGGGUAAAGAUUACAUUUAUGCAGUCUGCCCCUUGCUUGAAGAUGCACUUAUGGACAGGGACCUCGUCCACCGACAAACCGCGUGCGCAGCAAUAAAACACAUGGCACUGGGCGUGUAUGGAUUUGGUUGCGAGGAUGCUCUCGUACAUUUGUUGAACCACGUGUGGCCAAACAUUUUCGAGACCUCGCCGCAUCUCGUGCAGGCUUUCAUGGACGCUGUGGAGGGCAUGAGAGUUGCAUUGGGACCAAUUAAGAUUCUGCAAUACGCGUUACAGGGUUUGUUCCAUCCCGCUAGGAAAGUCCGCGACGUGUAUUGGAAAAUAUAUAAUACAUUAUAUAUCGGAGGUCAAGAUGCUUUGGUCGCUGGUUACCCCAGAAUACACAAUGAUCCAAAUAAUCACUUUGUUAGAUAUGAAUUAGAUUAUUUGUUGUAACACGAUCGAUUACAUUAGUAUGUGUGAAAUUAGAGAAUUGUUUGAUUGACAUUAAAACUGAUAAACAUAUUAGUAUGUAAUAUUAUAUAAUACAGAUUAUUGCCUUUAUAAUAUAUCCCUCAUAAUAUUUAUAAGGUGUUUAUGCACAGCCUCAACAUAAUAAUUGACACUAGAAUGAACUGAAUACUAAGCAGUCAAUAGGUGUCAAGGCCCACAAAAAAGGCACACACUUAUCUUAACUUAAAAAACCUUGAUAUAACAUUCGAUUCACUUUCAUGAAUGUAUGAUAUGUAAUACUUUUAAAUUUACUUGGAUAUAAAUAAAGACUAACAAAUCGAGA